AUGUUUGGCACAAAGGAGGAGGAGAAUAAGGUCUGUCCAGAGAAACUGGAGGAAGCCAAACUGAAGGCCAAAUACCCUCUCUUGGGUAAUAAACCCGGAGGAUCCGAUCUGCUCAGAAAAAGACUGCAGAAGGGGCCAAAGUACUUUGACUCGGGCGACUACAACAUGGCGAAGGCCAAGAUCAAGAACAAGCAGCUUCCAGCAGCGCAGACAGAGAAGACCGAGAUCACCGGAGACCACAUCCCCACUCCUCAGGACCUGCCACAGAGGAAACCCUCUCUGGUUGCCAGCAAACUGGCUGGCUGAGACCUGCUGCUGUCCUUCACUCCACGCUCCCACUUCCUGUCUCUUCCUCCAUUUAUCUCUGAUCCUGCAUUCCUGCCCUCAUCCUCUAUGGUUUCCUGUCCUCUGAAAAUACACUGAAUAUUCAAGGGUUGCAGAGUUGUACUGCCGCACUGUGAGAUGGGUUGGGCCGUGGCUCCAAAGGGGGUGAAGUUCUCAAAGGUCUUCUGAUAUUUUUAAUGUGUCGUAGUAUGUAGUUGAAAGUGUACAUAUUUGCUAGUGAGUAAGGGCAAACAGCAUUUUAGGAGAUGUUUUGCAUUUUAAUUGUAACCAUUCCUGAAUUACCCACUGCUUAGAGGACUAGGUCACCCAAAAAUGAAAAUUCUGUCAUUUUACUCAUUGCGUAUGACUUUAUUUCCUCCAUUGAACGUAAAAGGAGAAGUUUAGUGGAAUGUCAAAGCUGUUUUGUUUUUCUUCAAAGAAAGAAAGUCUAUAAAGGGAAAUUGAUGUAGAGCUUCAGUAAUUACAAAACAACUGUACUGUAAGUUGUCCGCACAGCUUCUAUCCAUAGUUAUAUGGAUAAUAGGUGUAUUAUAAAAGUUGCCUAAUAAUAGUUUUACUUUGGUGCAAAGAUGUUGUACAAUGCCAAGAUGGCCAAUCAAAUCAGAGUAGGCAUUAAUGUUACUGUUUACAGAAGCCGAGUGUGAAUUCCAGCAUUAUUUAGUUUUAAUGGACAAAAAGUGAGAUGUAACUAGGUCAACACUUGAUAUUUGACAACUGUGUAUCUUGAGUCUUCUGAAGCCAUAUUGUAACUUUGUGUUUUUGUUUUGAAGUGUCAUUAGUACUUGCACUCAAUUCAAAACAUUCAAAUGACACAUUAAAAUCAGAGUAAUUGCACAACCAGUUGCGUUUGACGCAGAUGCAAAAGCACCAUAACAUGUAUGUUUGAAUGUGCAUAAGCGUAAAUGAGAUUUGAGAGAAUUUUUUGCAAAUUACAACUUAAGUUAUCACAUGGCUUCAGAAGACUGAGAUCUAAAGAAAGUCAUGUGCGGCUGGAAUGACACGAGUAAAGAGUCAAUUGUGCCAGAAUUUUCUUUUCGUGGUGAGCUUCUCCAUUAAUCAUGGAGUUAAGUGCUUGAAUCGAUAACGAAAUUGAAAGUAAUCUCUAAUAAUGUGGUUGAUCUGCACCCUGUUUCUUUCAUGAGAACGCUCGUUUCUUUUUGUCAUGUUUCAGCUUUAAGUGGAGGACACUUGGUUAGUCAUGUUUGAUAGCAUGAAAUGCAGAUCUCUGAGGCUGCUGUCAUCUUGCCUUGUACCAUAGAGCUUAAAGCCUUAUAAAGAUGUAGUGCCAAUGCACAGAUUGGCAAUAUCACAUGUUCCUUUCAUACGUCAUUUGUGUCUGGUUGUAGACUCCAGGCAGUGAGGAUGCUUCUCCACCCUCUGGUGUAUAAUAAACUCCAUGAGAUCUUCUGUACAUUGUCUUCUAUGCAGAGGAGAGAGACAGUUGCCUGUCGGCUUCUCACACCACAUCGUCGCACUACAGUAAACUGUCCACGGUUUGCAUGAGCAUAAACUGUGGCCGCUUUUGAGCCAUUUUGACUUGUAAAUAAAAUAGUUUUGCAAA